AUGACUCUCCCGCAGAUUGCGCUUUACCUUCUCUCUUUCGUCGGCCUCCUGGUUCUGUAUAUUCGACAUAAUGAUAAACGGCUUAGGACGAUUCCGGAACGAGCGAAGAGGGUGUCGGGGAGGAGGGUUGGAAGUGAGGAUGUGGAGAGGUUGAGAAGGGGGAUGGAGGCGAGGACUCGGUCGAAAUAUGAGCACGCGAGGACGAUAGGGAAUGGGAAGAUAUUGGAGGGCGGGGAUGGGAGUGGGAGGAGGCUAGAUGAUGUGUUGAAGGAGAAGUUGCCCCCGAAGACUGGGAGACGAGGCGAAGACCCUAAACGGAUCAGGGUACUGGAUAUAAACCCACCGGUUAAUUUUGAGGUCGAGGAGGCGAGGAAGAGGGGGCUGCAGUAUUUCAAGGUGGAUGUCAGGGAUUCCGACGCUGUAGAGAAGGCGUUUUGUGCGCCCUGGCCCGAGGAGGAACGCAAUUUGGACAGUGAUGAAAUUCCGGUCACGGUCUUUCAUACAGCAGCCAACAUCCGCUUCUGGGAACGUCACCCUGUGUUCUUGGAGAGGUCGACUAGCGUUAACCUGGAAGGAACGAAGAACGUCGUGAAGGCAGCGAAGAAGAUAGGGGUUGACGCUCUCGUCUACACAAGUUCGGCUUCGAUUGGGAUCAAGUCUACACGGUUCCUGCUAUGGCCCUGGGAGAAGGAACCAAGAGAUUUCGUGCAGGUUAUCAACGAUGAUGAUGGGAGGUUGCCCAAAGAGCACUGGGAGUACUUUAGCAAUUAUGCGGUGUCGAAGAGGCUGGCGGAGGAAUGGGUGCGGGGCCAAGAUGGGACGGCUACGGGCGUGGCGGAGAAGGGGAAGGUCCUACGAGUGGGUGCUAUCCGACCGGGCAACGGCGUGUUUGGUCCCCGAGGAGACUUACUCUGCGGUGCGCUCCUGGUGCGCGAAUCCAACCCUACCUUCCUCGAAAACUCGGUUCAGUCGUUUUGUUACGUCGAGAACUGCGCCCUCGCCCAUCUUCUUUACGAACGACGACUUAUCGACCUUGGGGAGGGGAAUGCGAAGCAGUUGCCAGAUAUUGGAGGGCAGAGCUUUUGUAUUGCGGAUCCGGGACCCGUGCCGACGUACGGCGAUGCGUAUACGGUGCUGAACAGGCUCUCGGAGGGCGAGUGCUUUUUCGUUUAUUUGUCUCCGACGAUGAUGCUUUUCCUGGCGUUUUUGGUCGAGGCAUACUAUGUGGCGCAGCACUUCAUCACCGCCGCUUUCCCAUUCCUUUCGAUUGUCCUUCCACCACUGAAGGGCGAUACAGUUAACCUACAAACAGGUCUCUUCAAUCUCGCGAGCGUACAUGUCGUGGUGGAUGACUCCAGGGCAAGGUUGAGUCCGGAGAAGGGAGGGUUGGGGUAUGAGGGUGUAUGGACAACAUUGGAGGGGUUGUACAAGACUUGGGAGGAACAUCAUUUGGGUAAUGGGGUGAAUAACUUGGUUCCAGCAGUGCCUGUAGAAGUGGCAAAUGUGCAGCUGAGCACGGGUACAUCCGCGGAUAUACCUGUACUCAUUAUUCCAUUCCGCACUCACCACUCCGUUACUGUUAGCAACCUGCAAGGACCAGCCGACCGAGGCGACCCGCAACUGAGGGCUGGUGCGGACCGCGUGGAGAACUUCGUAACCACCCUCUAG